AAACCACCCAAGAAGCCUGUAGGUAAGAAGUUUCGACCCCAGCACCACGGCUGUAUUCGGAAGAAAGAACAUUUCUGCAGAAUGUCUCGACAAUGAAACUGAUGUGACUGAGCAGAAUGGAGAUGAGAAGGGGCAGGACCUUCAUCAAGUCCAGUCUGCAGCUUUCCCAUGAGAAGUCAAGUGCGGCAGACGCGGCUGCCAGAGGCCGGGAUGGUGGAGCGGUGACAGGCCCUGGCCCAAUGGGUGAUGGGCAACUCUCAGAUGAGGAGGGUCUUCGGGCUAGCUCGGCCACCCAGAAACCGUAUCGAUUUUCCAACGAGGCAGCACGGCUGGAGGCUUACGAAAACUAUGCCGCCUCUCCGGGGUCCUCGUACAAACUGGUGAGGAAGAGUAAAACUCACGACUGCGUGAUUGAUGCAGACAAGACAGAAGGGCGGCUUGUGAACAGCCUCAGCUUUUCUGGGGUUGGAAAUCACUUGAGUUCUCCUGGCAAGAGAGAGCCGGCCGUGAGUCCCAGUCAAUCCAGCUGCAGCAGCCAACAGAUGAUCGACUACCGAAACUUCGUACCUCAGAUGCCUUUUGUGCCGGCGGUGGCCAAAAGUUUCCCGAGGAAACGGAUUUCCCUAAAACGAUCGAAGAAGGGCUUCAGGGACAUAUUCCACAUGAGAAAAAACAAGUCAGAGGGCUUGGCGUUUCUGGUGGAAAAGGACAGGGGGCCUCCUUCGCCCGGCAGUCAGAAUGACCUGCCGGGAGGAAAGCAGGGGAAAUAUCCCUUCAAGACUGGGGAGACCUUGGCUGCUGACUGCUUGGCUCAGGACCUGUCUGACAGUGAGCUGCAGUCUGACUCCUCUUAUGACUACUGUGGCGCCCUCUGCGAAGACGUGGCUUCCCUCAAGAGCUUCGACUCCCUCACCGGCUGUGGGGAGAUCUUUGCCGACGAGAGCUCCGCCCCGCUGGAGUUGGAACCCAGCAAGGAGAGCCUGGCCCAGAGAGCCAAGCCCAAGGAGAACUCAGCGGUGGGGUCUUUCCAGGGAGGGGUUGAACAGUUGGCCUCUCCGGCCCAGAACGAGGCUGCCGACCUGGCCAGGUUCUGGGACAACAUCAACAGGUCAGUGAGGCUUCAUCAGAAUGCACUGUUUGACCGCAGGUUGCCAACCCAGCCUGGGGGGGACCCAGGGAAGGGGAGAAUUGAGGCUGCUGCUGCCGCCCCAAUGCCUGGUCAGCCACUGUCCCCAGGGAGGGAUCCCAGCAGCUCCAAGGACAGCUCCAUCGACACAGGGACCCCAAAGAGUGAACAGCAGGAGUCCACCUCCACCAGUGAUGAAGGGUACUAUGAUUCCUUCUCCCCGGGCCUGGAGGAUGAGGUGAAGGAGGCCCAGACACCUGGGACACCCGGCCGGUUCCCCCGGGACAGCUACAGUGGUGAUGCCCUCUACGAACUCUUCUAUGACCCCGGGGAAGCCAAAAUCAGCCCCAUCCUCGACGAUGACCUGUGUGUGUCAGAGAGCAUCUCUGAGCAGGCUGUUGAUGUCCCGCUGUCAAUUUACAGCUUUCACUUGGGGGCUGAGGAGACUCUGGCCCCACGGCCUGCUGUGGACAUCAUAAGUCAGGGCUUCCUUCACAGCACGUGGAAGGGCAAGGAGUGUUUGCUGAAGCUCUGUGACACCGAAUUGUCCCUCACCAUGGGGAUCAUCAACUGGCUGAGGAAAAACCCCAGCAUGGUUUCCCCCUCCGAGCCUCUGAGGAGCCCUCCAGCCCAGCUGAAGGGAAGCGGGGAGUCUAUGGCGCUCCCCAGUACCCCCACGAAUGUGGCCUCGAUGAGAGAAGCUGCCCCCCAGGAAGCACUCCCUGAAAGGUCAAGCGGGUGGAGGGUUGGCGGUGUCCAGUUGUCGCCGGGUGUGGGCAGUGAGCAGAGUCCAUGGCCCGACAUGACAAAUGAGUACUGGAAUGUCGGCCCCCAGAGUAGCUCAGCCACAGGUGCCUCACAGGGGAGGGGAGGGAACCAUCUUGGGGGCCUGAUUGAAGGAUCCAGACUCAUGGGUGCCAGCAAUGCCCUGAGAGAUACUGAGGCGAGAUCGGCAGGCCUCGUGCUUGAGCGAACACCGGAUUCGGCUGACGAUGGAGCCGAGAAGUGGCCCGCUUCCCAAGAGGACAAGACCCCUGGAAAGACCUUCAUAGCUUCUGGAGCUCUGCUCAGACACUGUCCCCAAAAAGUCUCUCAGGUGUCUGUAGAGAAGGAAGAGUAUGAGCCAUCCCUGGGAUAUCCCCCUUUACUUGAGGCAGCCCCCAAGGAUUCUCCUGAGCCCCUGGGAAGAAACCGAGCUCCGUGUGCUAAUUUUUCCUCCACUGGCGACAUAUCAAGGCAGCCCCUCACCCCUAGCCCUUUCCAGAGCUAUAUCAGUCCCUCUUCCCGAGACGGUGAAGUAGAGAUCGUUCAACUUUUGGAGCGCUGCAUGACUCAAGUGGCAUCCUUAAAAAUCAGCUAUGAAAAUAAGCAUCUGGAAGAUAAAUUCAUCAGGAAGGAAAUGAGCAAUGUGAUCUGUAAAAUGUCUCAGUUCAAAAAUAGUGUUCUGCUUCAAGAUAAAUGCCAUUUCAUUACCCCGGGGUCAGAACACCCCCUUCUCUCUCCAGCUAAUCAGCUUCAGGAGGCCAGUCCGGAGAUUCGACAUCCAUAUUGCCUCGUGAGCCCAAAUGGAGGGCUUGUUCAUUUGAACGAUUCGAAAAGCAGAACAGGUUUCAUAGACCAUGUGGGUCAGGUUACCCCGAGUCAAAUCAACUUUGAGUAUGCACCGCUGAACAAUCCAACUUUCUCCUAUACUAGAGACAUUCAGUUAGAACUCACUCCAACUGAUCCUACUUCCAUAUUGCACUUGAACAGGCCAACUUUUUUACCUCUCUUUGGCUCAGUUGGCUCAGAUGCACCAGAUAGCUUGUCCCAGAUUUCCUGUGCAAUGAACAAUUCCCCAGAAAAACUGAUUCAGGGCAAUGAAACUAGACAGUACAGCCCAUCCCCCGGUGGGCUCCCAGAAUGCCAUUGUGACUUACUGUCUCCAGUGCCCAAACACCCAAGCCACAUGGAAGUGAUGGCGGCAGGAAUAACAGGGGAUGAGAAAAACCUCUAGAAGACACAAACCUGGUGCUGCAACCAGGAAUCCACAUGUACAUUAUCAAGACUCUUCUUCUGUCUGCUGUUUGAAGUUGGGUGCUGCUCUCCUGAAAUAGAAUUGGAAUAAAGUAUAGCAAGCAUAUAUUCCCAACAAUGCAAAACACAGCAUCAGGCUCCUUGGUAUUCAACUACAGGGCAUUUCAAAGGAGAGAUAAUGUCAGAAUCGUUACAGACCUAAACAAACCUGGUAUCAAGAUGAUUAAUAAGCAGUUGCUUUUGCUGGUUUUCUCUGUUUCCUUGCAGAAUCUAGAGAGUUUGUUUUUUUAAGUUGACUGCCCAAUGGAAGAACAAGACUGAUAUAUAUUUCCUUUCAGGAACUUCCUUGUGAUCCAUGCACUAUAGAGGUCUGAAGUUUUGAUGUUUUUUUUAAAUGAAGAACUAAGUCCAGAAAGUGGCCAUUUGUUUUCUAAUUUGUAGCGUCUCACCCUGUAUUUCAUUAAAGUCUAUGUGUCCUGUAAUUUCUAAAUUUCUACUGAUUCCCUAUCGGGCUUCCUGA